AUGAAACAAUGUUAUUCAGAAAACAAUUAUAAACUGCUAGCUGAAAAUGGUGAGUCUGAUGAACUUGGUAAUUUGAUAAUUGAUUUGUUAAUAAAUGGUAAAAUUGAUAACCCUAUGAAUGCAAAUAAAUUUAUGAACAUCAAUACUGAUGUUACUUUUGAGAUGUUAUCUGAUGAUAAUAUAAUUUGUGCUAUUUAUAAGAAUAAUGACUGCUUCUUUCAAGAAGAAACAUUAUCAAUGUCUAGAGUUACAGACAAUAAGGCUUUGAAAGCUCUUGAUUUGGUUGAAAUGUAUCUUUUGCAACAACCUAAGGAUUUUGUUAUAACUAAUAGGGAUAAAAGUACUGUCGAUUUGUUGAGAAAGAAAGUUUCAAGAUACAUCUCUUUGCAAAAGAAGAGGCUAACAUUAUAG